AUGUUCAAAGCGAAGAAUGGUGGCAGCGCAAGGGAAGGAAGUUCGGACAUUCUGGACGAUCUCCUUCAACCCACUCAACCUCAAAAUAAGCACCACAGGGCUUCUGCCACACGCGUCUUCAUGGCCCCAAAGUUCAAGAAGCCACGCUCUGCAAGAGGCCUCACUGGUGGCGGCCAAUCCACACUUCCUUCUCUUGGCCAUGCCAAUCUGGUUGAGAAGGGCCGCAAGGUGAAUCGGCUACUUCACAAGACCAUGAGCAACGCGGCCAAGAAACCCUCAACAACAGAGCGCCACCUGCAGCCGUCCCUGCGAGUGCGAAGAAGUCGAGACUUGGGCCCUCCCCUUCAUUCAGAGCCUCAGCUGCACCCACAAGUGCGAGCAGGUUCAAGAGCAUCUGAAACGCUGGUUGAGGGAGGAGAGAACGCUGGUGGUCAUAUGGGUGUGAUAGCAACCCGAGGAAUGAAGCGCAAGGCUGGAGCUGAUGGCCCUGGUGGUAUACCACCGCUGCAUGCCAUGGCUCCUGGAUCAAAGCGCAAGCCACUUGCUGCGAUCGACAACUUACAGUCUGCUGCACCAGGCAAUGCAGUGUCAGGGGGGUUUCUCCUCCAGAGUGCGUCUGGAAGGAAGGUGAACGUGUCAGCUGCUGCUGCUGCAGGCGUGAUGAAGCUGUUUGGGGAGGAUGGAGAAUGGCAGCAGGAGCAGCAGGGGAUGAAAGGGCCGCAAGGGCAGCAGGGGCAGCAGGGAAUGGAAGGGCAGCAGUGGAUUCAAGGGCAACAAGAUAUGCAAGGAGCAGAAGGGAAGCAGGAGAUUCGAGGAUGCAUGGCCUUAGUGCCAGUGACAAAUGAGUCAACAGCUGCAGCUCUCACCACCGCAUUGAAUCCAUCUCCCUUGUCACUGCCACCAGAACCACCACCACAACCACCACAUACAGCUGUAGCUCUCAUAUCCACCGCUCUGAACCCAUCUCCUUUAUCAAUGCUACCGUCACAACCACCACCAGCACGACCGCCUGCCGGUGCAGCAAGUUUGUUCCAAACAGCCAGGGGCAAGCCGGUCCCUCUGUCUUCAGCUGCCGUGGACAAGGCGUGUGCUCUGCUGGGCGUGCAGCAGCGCGAGAGGCCACGCUUUGGUAAUAGUGCUCAUCUUGGAGGAGGUAGUACGGAAGGGUCGACUGUUGGGGCGGGACUGUUUCAAACAGCUUCAAACAAGCCAGUUCGCUUGUCUUCAGCUGCUGUGGACAAGGCGUGUGCUCUGCUGGGCGUGCAGCAGUACAAGGGACCACAGUUUGUCGCGCCUCAAAUUACACCGCCUAUACACACACCUGCAGCUCUGCUGGACGCUCAAGGGCAUGAGAGACAGAGUUCUCAUGUGCCUGCAGCAAUGGAGCUUUCAGUGCGAAACUCAGCAGCAGAGCUGGCAGUAGUGGCGCAGCCAGAUGGUGGAGCUAGAUUGGGAGAGGGGGUUAGUCCGGGGGGAACAACUGUAGGGGCGGGUUUGUUCCAAACCGCCCGAGGCAAGCCGGUAUCUGUAUCUUCAGCUGCUGUGGACAAGGCGUGCGCAUUACUGGGCGUGCAGCAGGGGCCCCCAGCACUGCUGGACGCUCAAGGGCAUGAGAGGCAGAGCUGUCAUACGCCAGCAGGAAUGGAGCUUUCAGUGCGGAACCCAGGAGCAGAACUGGCGCAGCCAAGUGGCGGAGCGACAAUGAGGGGAGCUAAUUGGGGGGAAGCGAGUGUAGGGGCGGGCCUGUUCCAAACAGCCCGGGGCAAGCCGGUUUCUGUGUCUUCAGCUGCUGUGGACAAGGCGUGUGCUCUGCUGGGCGUGCAGCAGGAACCGCCAGCACCGCUGGACGCUCAAGGGCAUGAGAGGCAGAGCACUCAUGCGCCUGCGGGAAUGGAGCUUUCAGUUCGGAACCCAGGAGCAAAACUGGCGCAGCCAGAUGGCGGAGCGACAAUGAGGGGAGCUAAUCAGGGGGGAGCGAGUGUUAGGGCGGGUCUGUUCCAAACAGCCCGGGGCAAGCCGGUUUCUGUGUCUUCAGCUGCAGUGGACAAGGCGUGCGCGCUACUGGACAUGCAGCAGGGGCCGCCAGCACUGCUCGACGCACAAGGGCAUGAGAGGCAGAGCUCCCAUGCGCCAGCAGGAAUGGAGCUUUCAGUGUGGAACCCAGGAGCAGAACUGGCAGUAGUGGCACAGGUAGAUGGCAGAGCUAGAUUGGGAGGGGCUAGUGGAGGGGGCGCGACUGUAGGGGCGGGUCUGUUCCAAACAGGUCGAGGCAAGCCGGUUUCUGUGUCUUCAGCUGCCGUGGACAAGGCGUGCGCUCUGCUGGGCGUGCAGCAGAGGCCGCCAGCACUGCUGAACGCGCAAGAGAAUGAGAGGGAGAGCGCUCAUGCGCCUGCGGGAAUGGAGCUUUCAGUGCGGAACUCAGGAGCAGAACUGGCAGUAAUGGCACAGCCAGAUGGUGGGGCUAGAUUGGGAGGGGCUAGUCGAGGGGGAGCAACUGUAAGGGCGGGUUUGUUCCAAACAGGCCGAGGCAAGCCAGUUUCUUUGUCCUCAGCUGCUGUGGACAAGGCGUGUGCCCUGUUAGGCGUGCAGCAGUCCGGGAGGCCAAAGUUUGAAGCUCCCAGGAUCAGCUGUGAACCAGCGGCGCUUUUGCUGGAGGACACAGAAGCAGAGCAAACGAAUGCGGUGCAGGCAGGUGGUGGAGCUAUAUUGGGCUCAGAGACUGUAGGGGAAGGUUUGUUCCAAACGGCCCGAGGCAAGCCGGUGCAUGUAUCUUCAGCUGCCGUGGACAAGGCGUGUGCUCUGCUGGGCGUGCAGCAGUAUAAGGGUCCUCCACAGAUGGAAGCACCUAGGAUCAGUGACGAACCAGCAGUGCUUCUGCUGGAGGGAGCAGGAGCAGAGCAGAUGAGAGCGGCGCAGCCAGAUAGUAGAGCCAGUUGGGGGGGAGCAACUGUACGGACAACUUUGUUUCAAACCGCUUCAGAGAAGCCGGUUUCUUUAUCUUCAGCUGCUGUGGACAAAGCGUGUGCUCUGCUGGGCGUGCAGCAGCAUCAGAGGCCGCGGUUCGAAGGUAGCGCUAGUCUGGAAGGAUCGACUGUCCGAACAGCGGGUCUGUUUCAAACUGCUUCAAAGAAGCCGGUGCACAUAUCUUCAGCUGCCGUGGACAAGGCAUGUGCUCUUUUCGGAGUGCAGCAGCGUGAGAGGCCGCAGGUUGAAGGUAGUGCCAGUCUGGGAGGAGCGACUGUCCGAACAGCGGGUCUGUUCCAAACCGCCUCAAAGAAACCGGUUGUUUUGUCUUCAGCUGCAGUGGACGAGGCGUGUGCUUUUCUGGGGUUGCAGCAGCAUGAGAGGCCACGGUUUGAAGCUCCCAGGGUCACACCUUUUGGAAGCACUGCACCUCCCUGUCCUCAAACUUUGGCAACAAUUCAACCACCUCCACAUGCUCCCCUCGCCCUACCUGCUCCUGCUCCUUCUGCCCCGCCUCCUCCUCUCACUCUGCCUGCUCCUGAUGCAGCCGAAGAGCCUGCUCUUCUUCGUCCCCCUUCCCCUCCUUCCUGGCCCCUCGCCCUCACCCAACCCUCAUCACAAGGUGCGGUCGAGCUUGCGUCACCUGCACCUUCCCCACACACUCCCUCACUCGCCCAACCACCUCCCGUCCGUUCAUCCCCUCCCAUUCACUCCACCUCUCCUCUCCACCCCUGUCCUCCUCUCCACCCCUCCUCUCCUUUGCACCGCUCCCGUACCCCAUCCCACCCCUCCAACUCUCCUCUCCACCCCUCUCAUACUCCCCUCCACUCCUCUCCCAAUCGGCUCCACAAUGCUCCCCUCCACACUUCCCCCACCCCUCUUCACCGCCCUGGCACCACUCUCCGCCGCCCCUUAACUCCCCUAAACCGUUCUCCGUCCACCUUGCCCUCCCCACGGCGGCAGUUCGUCCCGCCCACGUCCACCAUCCCCUCCCUCUUCUCCAAACACCGACCGCCUCGCUCCCGCUCCGCCGGCCUGCCCCCCAUCCCCAUGCGCUCACUCACUGAUGCUGCUGAUCCGCCAUCUCUUGACAUCAACCAGAAAGCAGCAGAGGGACGUAUGACUGCUGACAAUGGUGCAGUGUCAAUGUCAAGGAGUGGGUUGAGGACUGAUGCAGCAGGUUCAGGAGCAGGCGCGGGAGAGGGCGCGGGUGCAGCAAUGAUGAUUAGACAGGUGGAAGGGGGCCUGAGGAAACUGCAUGACCUGUACAAGGAUGAGGAGGGGAAGCCAAGGAGGCGACCUUGUAUGGCUGAGUUCUUUGGUUACCCGCCUGGGCUCGAACGAGUGGAGGGCAAGGUGUCAGAAGCAGUUCGCAAAAUGACAGCCGAGUCCGCCCUCACAUUUGUAGCUAGUGCAGCAGACGGUGCAGACGCUGUAUGUGCAGCAGAUUUAGCAAAUAGAGCUAUUAUGGCAGCUGCUCCAAGUGAUGCAGGAGAUGCGGCAUGUGUAGCAGGCGUUGCCAAUGCAGCGGACAGUUCAGCAGGUGCAGCAGGUGCAGCAGAUUUAGCAGAUAGGAUCAACGUGGGUGAUAUAGGAGGAGAUGCUGGAGGGGUAGUCGAGUUAGCAAUUGGGGGUGGCGUGGCAGCAGUAGAAGAUGUAGCAGAUACAGCAGGUGCAGAAGUUUUGGUGCCAGUCGCACCGUCGUUAGUGGAGAGCAGUGUGUGCCCUGGGGUGGAUGCGGCCACUGCCGCACUCCCUGCACUCCUUGCACUCGCUGUACCAUCAGCAUCACCAGCAGGGGCAGCAGCGGAGGGAGCUACAACAGAAGGAGGGAGAUGGGCAUUGGCACGAGAAGGGGAAGCCAAGGCUGCUCUGACUGUCCUUGGUGCUCGAAAUGGUGGAGAGAGUGCGAGUGUGGGGGCGAAGGAGUUUCAGGACAUGCUCAUUGCAGCAGGCGCCCAACCCAAGUUUGCCACGCUAGAGUGGGUGACAAACCACUUCCGCUGGGUGGUGUGGAAGCUCGCCUGUCAGGAGCGCAGCUUCCCUCGUCGCCUGGCAGGCAGGAUGCUGACAGUGGAGAAGGUGCUGGAGCAGCUUAAGUACCGGUAUGAGAGGGAGGUGAACGAAGCGAAACGAUCCGCUCUGAAGAAGGUGUGCGAGCGGGACGCUGCUGCUGGCAGCCCCAUGGUGCUCUGCAUCUCUGCUGUGCGGUCUCAGGCAGGGGCGAGUGGAAGGGGGGAUGGAGGAGAGGGAGCUGCGGAGGUGGACAAGAGUGGUGGGGAGGAGGAGGAGGAUGGGGAAGGGAGGGGGAAGAGGCAGGAGGCGGGGCGGCAGAGAGGGGCGGUGGCUGGAGCAACUCAGACAGCGGUGAUUGAAGUGACUGAUGGAUGGUACUGCCCGCCUUCUCGCCUAGACGCCCCCCUCGCAGCCACAUUCAUAGCCAUGCCCCCCCUCUCUCCCUCCUCUCACACGCCGUUCACGCCCUUCCUGUACUGGCUGCCUGCUCGCCUCGACAGCCCCCUCACGGACCUUUUGCAUCGUGGUCGGCUCUUCAUUGGUCAGAAGAUUCGGGUGUGCGGUGCGGUGCUGAAUGGCUGCAUGGAAGGACUCCCUCCUCUCGAGGUAUCCCCCCUUCUGCCCUGCUCUCUUGAUUCCUUCCCUCCCAUUCUUCCACGCUUCCCUUCUUUUGCGUCUUUCGCGCCCGACUUUCGUUCCCUCUGCCUCUGA